AUGAAACGUCUUCAACGUCUCAGCGCCGAACAAAGAUGCAAUAUUCACAUACCCUUCAAGAAGCGAGGCUUUCGUGAAAAUGCCUACACCGCCUAUAUACCGCAGCUCGCAGACAGGUUUCCCAGGUCUCUCUCUACUUCUACUCAUCUGUCCAUCAUUAUCAUCAUCACCACCAUUAUCAUCAUCAACAUCAACAUCAACAUCAACAUCAACAUCAACAUCAACAUCAACAUCAACAUCAACAUCAACAUCAACAUCAACAUCAACAUCAACAUCAACAUCAACAUCAACAUCAACAUCAACAUCAACAUCAACAUCAACAUCAACAUCAACAUCAACAUCAACAUCAACAUCAACAUCAACAUCAACAUCAACAUCAACAUCAACAUCAACAUCAACAUCAACAUCAACAUCAACAUCAACAUCAACAUCAACAUCAACAUCAACAUCAACAUCAACAUCAACAUCAACAUCAACAUCAACAUCAACAUCAACAUCAACAUCAACAUCAACAUCAACAUCAACAUCAACAUCAACAUCAACAUCAACAUCAACAUCAACAUCAACAUCAACAUCAACAUCAACAUCAACAUCAACAUCAACAUCAACAUCAACAUCAACAUCAACAUCAACAUCAACAUCAACAUCAACAUCAACAUCAACAUCAACAUCAACAUCAACAUCAACAUCAACAUCAACAUCAACAUCAACAUCAACAUCAACAUCAACAUCAACAUCAACAUACCCGUAACGAUCGCAAUCAAAGCAAUUAUCAAGAUGAACACCAGCAGUGAGGAACCGCGUCAGCAACCCAGUGACGAAGAGUGGGAACCAAAGUCCAUCUUUACCUACACUGAGGCCUAUCAGCAGAACUUCCAGCUCCAGAAUGGUCGACAAGUAAAGAAAGCCAGAAAGCAAGGGGCGACAGCAACCCAAGCUCUCACAAACCCUGAAAAGCCGUGUCCCGUAAGUGGACGCCUCCCAAAAGGAGAGCGUAAGAUUGUUCUCAAGGCCGUUGAAUGGAUCGAUUUCAACUCUUCCCUUGAGGAACUCGGACUCGAUUACGACGAGUACCACGAGUAG